AUGGCAUGGCUCCUCACACUCUACGCCCUUUCCGCUCUUCUCCUCUCCGCCGCUGUGCGACAAGUGACCGCGGGGCCGUGCACAGUGAGCAAUCCGGUUCCCGAGAUCAACAUCGCAGCAGAGGCCGACUUCGCCAAGCGAACCAAAUACCCAGCCACGCAGCUAGUGCGCAUGUUUCUGACGAAGGACUUGAAGGUGAAGAAUCCGUUGGUGCUGGACGGCAAGUUCAACUGCACCGUGCUGCGCUCCAAAGGCACCAAGAAAUUCACGCUCUCCGCCACCGAUAAGAAUUACCCUCCCAUGCGAAUAGUCUUCGCCAGCAACAUCCUCGUUAACGGCAUCAACGUGAGAGGUUUCGCACCAUUGGCUUCCAAUCCCGACUGCCAGUAUCUCGAAACACGUUACAUUGACUUCAUCGGCAAGUGGAAAUGCCCCGCGAUCUGGCUGUAUCGCGUAUGGGCGGUCCAGGUCACGCAGGGACGAACCUUCGGCCGGAUCGAAGUAUCCCGCGCGUCGCACACGCGCAUCGACUCCAUGACCGUUAACGUCCACCCGUUAGAUUACCCCGGCGCGAUCGUCGUCAUGCUGUCCGGCGACGGGCCAAACCUCAUCCGCAGCAACGUGCUUAUAACGAACAACAACAUGAUCGCGCAGGGACCGUCCGGGAAAGGCGCGGAGAUCGGGCUGAUGCUGUAUCGAAACGCGGUGGGCGUGAACGUGUUUAACAACCGCAUCUCGGAGUUUUCGCUUGCGAGCCUGCAGAUCGGGUUCGGGCAGUCGAACGUGGGUGACGCGAUGCUGAGUAACGUGAUGCGGAACAACAUGGUGCACACGUUCUCGACGCUCGGCGACUCGGCGGGGAUUUACAUGGACACGCACUGGGUGAACCCUGGGAAUAUCCUGCGGUGUAACUAUGUGCGGAGAGGCGAGCACUGCUUGUACCUCGACUGGGUGUCGUCUGGAGUUAUCGUGGAUGGGCUCGUGUGCGAUCGGACGGCUGACGGCCUCAAGCUUAACACCGGGAAAUACAACCACAUACAAGGCAUGGUGGUGAUUGACGCGUCGGCGUUCUCAGCAGCGUACAUCUCAUGCCAGAACUACAACGUGAACAACUGUAACCAGCCCAACGGCAAGAAGUGGAACGACGAGCUGAUCAAGAACUACCAGACCCCGGGGAUCAAGAAGUUCUUUCCCUAUCUCACUAAUUUCUGCGCCAAGAAAGCUCUUUACAACAUCAACUGCAACCAGGGGAGCCAGUACGGUGCUGCUGUCACCGGUGGCUGCUCAGGCCUUCCAACCGAGAAUUACGCGGAAAUCGUCACGGCGAUGACCGAUAAUUCCACCAAGUGGGUGUUUUAUCAGGACAACUGCAAGCCGUUCCCGGCAGUCCCGAAGCUGAACACGCUGCGGUAUUACUCGACUUCGCUGGCGAAAGCUGGGUUCAAAAACGUCAAGGCGAUGGAUUUUGCCCUGACCAAGGGAUCGCCGAUCAAGAAGGCGUUUCCGCAGUUUCGAAGCUGCCCGACGAAGCUGGGCGGGCCGAAACAGGUGAAUUUUCAGUCGUACAUGAAUUUAUUCAACAUUGCCAAGCCAGCGGAGAAACCGAUUACAAGCAUUCUCACGUACACGUUCAAGCCGGGCAAGUCAAACACGAAUCCUGCUUCCGUCGCCAGCGUGACGAGUACCAGUGAUGGCAGCUUUGGAGAUACCGCGGUGAUGGCGACUGCUGUGGACGAUGAUGAGAGCAGCAAAUUGGUGGUUCUCCAGUCCACCGAGAAUGCUGAUGAGCCAAUCGUGCGAAAUGCGGCGAUGGAUAGGAGCCAUUGGACCCCCGAGCUCGCGAGGGAAAUGAACCCGAGUUACAUGAGGGCGUUGGCGAAGCGUCGACGAGCUCGAGGGAGGGUUCCCCCGCACGUUGGAAUCAGGGUGUUGCCCAAAGCUGCUUAG